AGAGGUUGGUAUGUUCCCAUCAACCCCAUUAUUCUCUUAUUUCAUUGGUAUAAAAGCCCGACAAAAAUUAGGAAAUUACAUCAGUUGCCUUACACGCCUAAAAUAAGUCAAACCAAAGAGUUCCACGGAAGGAUAAUAGCUUCUUGCAAAUUAUUUCCGUUGUUCAAAUAUAAUAUAUCCGUUAUAAUGUCGAUGAAUUUACUAAAACCUUUCGCUUUGCUACUCAUCGUGUUGGUACAAUUCGAACAUGGUUGUGGUCAGCAAACUCUCUGUGGUCCCGCACUGGACAUGGUGCUCAGCACCGUAUGCGAAAAUGGCUUCAAUACCAGAUUCAAGAAGUCAAUGGAAUGGAGUGUUCAAGAUAACGGUGUAAUGGACGACGAGCUGCCCUUCCCUUAUGCGAGCUUCCCUUUCCUGGCGAAGAUUCACGGCGAUCAAGUGGAUACUGUGGCCAAGAGCCGUCGUCGUCGUCAUCGUCAGGGUGUGUAUGAUGAAUGCUGCCGCAAGCCCUGCAAAAUGAGCGAGUUGUACUCUUAUUGCAAGUAAAUCUCAGCUCCCCACAAACUGACAAACUGAUAAAUUAUAGCGGAUGUGAGAGGAAUACAAUGGGCUGUGAUUGGGAUUCUUUAUUAAACAAACUACACAUCCGUUAGUCGUAUGAUCAGGAAUUAUGAAUGAUAUUAGAUUGACCGAAAUUAU